ACACCAAACUUCAAAGCACAUGAGUAUCUUGAACAGGUUCAGUUUGAACGUUACGAUUUUUUCAUCAUCAUCGCUUCAGAUCGGUUCAGAGAAUGUCACACUCAGCUGGCCACAGAAAUCAUGAGGGUGGGAAAAAAGUUCUACUUUGUCCGUUCUAAGAUUGACAUAAGCAUUACUGCUGAAAAGAGGAAGAAAAGAUUUGACCAGAAAAAGACACUGGAUAUUAUUCGAGAGGACUGUGAAAAUGGUCUGAAAAAGAUCGGUAUAGAGGAUCCUGUCGUGUUCCUGAUCUCUGGCUGGGAGCUUGGAAAAUAUGAUUUCAGUUUGCUACAGGAGAGGAUGGAAAAAGAGCUUCCACAACAUAAGAGUCGUCUUCUGAUGUUGGCAUUGCUAAAUAUCACCCUUGAUAUUAAUGAGAAAAAGAAGAAAGUUCUAGAGAAAGACAUUAGCAAAGUAGCCUUUCUGUCUGCUUUUUUUGAUACAGUUUACCUUUCUGAUUUAAGGAUUGCCGUGGGUUUUUUAUUCAUAAUACAUGAGCUACAAAAGUACUGCAGUGCUUUUGGUCUUGAUGAUCCAUCGCUGCAGAAACUCUGUGAAAGAUCCGGAAAAAACAUCAAAGAAAUUAAGAGUUUGAUGAAGUCAUCUCUUCAUCAAGGGAUAAACCAAAGUUCAGUUACUAAAUUGCUUGGUGAAUCUCUGUUUGUAAAUCGAACUAGGGUUGAGCAAGUUAUUAUGUGUAUACCCAUUAUAGGCUCUGUGGUUGGGGGAGCAGUGUCUUUUUUGACAGUCGCAAGAGUACUUAAGAGAGCUCUGAGUGAAAUAGCAGAAGAUGCCCAGAAAGUGCUAAUGGCUUCAAUGAAGGCAGAAAACUAGACUUAUAUGAACUUAACAAAUAAAUAUUUGUGAUAGGGCAAGAUAUAGGGAAAGAUUCCCUCUUAUUUUGUGAACUUGUUUUUAAACUGCAUAUGUAGGGGAUACUGGGGGCGGUAGUAACACACUCAAUUCCUCCAAUCAGAAACAAGCUAUCUUAGCAGAAUUUUUCAACAAAAUACUGAUUUGGGGGUAUAAAAGUUACUUUUUGGAUGUACAGUAUUUUUAUGUUAUCUAAAGUUUAGAUGACUGUGAAUUUAAACUUACAUAUAUUUGAUUACUGAGUGAUUGAUAAAAAAAAAAAUUAACACAAACGACCUAUGCUAAUAUAGGUGUGGUUAGCUAGCAUAUAAGAUUUUGUAAUGGCUGCAACAUUGUGUUCCAAUUGCCCCAGAGCCACAUGACCCUUGCAUUUCAAUUAAUAUAUAGCCUUGUCCUUAUUAGUUAAAUAUAUCAAUUGUAUAAUUAAUUAGUGCACCUACAUUUGUUUCUUGUAUCAAAAGAUGGCUAGUGUAUUUCAAGUAGUCUGUGAGUUAUGAAGGAAAAUGUAAAAGAUGUUACAAUUGCCAACGGUUUCUCCCUAGAUACUUACAUUUACAUUUAUUUUAGCUAAGUUAAUGCAUGUGUGGAUGUAAUCAGGACAUUUGGAUUGUUCGAGAAUUUAUGUUUAUUUACAUUUGCAUGUAUUCAGUAGCUUAGUUGUGAAUGCUUUCAGACCGUUUAAUCUUUUGCUUCUUUUGUAUAUCGUUUUGUAAUGAUUCUUACAGAAAUAUAUCUAUUUUGCAAUAAAACAAAUGUUUUAUGACUUUAUAUUUA